AGCGCCACAACAAGAGCGGCUGUCGGGCUUUGUUCAGUGGAUGUGAAUGAGCUCCGUCCCCUCCUCCAGAAAUGUGGUCGGAUAUCAGGACAUUGUUGCUUUUCCAUUUAUUCCUCCUCAGGCUCCCUUACCUGAAAGCCACUGAUGAGUGUGAGGAUGGACAAUUUCAGUGCAACAACAAAAGGUGUAUACCGACCAUCUGGAGGUGCGACGAUGAUGACGACUGCUCAGACAACAGCGAUGAAGAAAACUGUCCCAGGAAAACAUGUGCCCCUGCAGAGUUUGCCUGCUUAAAUGGGCAGUGUGUCCCGGGACGGUGGCGAUGCGACGGGGAACCUGAAUGUCCAGAUGGCUCAGACGAAGCAGAGGAGACAUGCAGCAAACAGACGUGCCCUCCGGAGAAAUUUGACUGCGGGGGAUCCACCAACAAGUGUGUCUCGUUGUCAUGGAGAUGUGAUGGGGAGAAAGACUGCGAUAACGGAGCGGACGAGGAGGACUGCGCAGCUGAUGCCAAAGCGUGCCCCAGCACAGAGUUCAUGUGCGCCAACCGUAAAUGCCUGGCCGCCGUCUACGUGUGUGACGGUGAUGACGACUGCGGAGACGGCAGCGACGAGCUGAAGUGCUCCUCCCCGCAGACCUGCGGGCCCAACCACUUCCGCUGUAACUCUUCGGAAUGCGUACCUCUAAUGUGGAGCUGCGACGGAGACCCCGACUGCUCCGACGGUUCGGACGAAAACCCGGAACACUGCGGUGGAGACGGCGCCCCCUACCUGCCUAACCGCAGAGCCAACUGCACUGCUGAGGAGUUUCGCUGCGCUAACGGGGAGUGCAUUCGCCUGACGUGGAAGUGUGACGGAGAUCCAGACUGUAAGGACAAGUCGGAUGAGUCUGAUUGCCCUCUGCUGACAUGUCGACCUGAUGAGUUUCAGUGCGGUGAUGGUUCAUGUAUCCACGGCACCAAGCAGUGUAACAAGGUGCAUGACUGUCCUGACCACAGUGAUGAGUCUGGCUGCGUCAACGCCACUAAAUGCGAAGGACCCCUGAAGUUUCAGUGUAAAAAUGGAGAGUGUAUCGACAGCUCCAAGGUCUGCGACUCUGUGAAGGACUGCAAGGAUCGCUCUGAUGAACCUAAAAAAGAGUGCGGGUUGAACGAAUGUAUGAUCAAUAAUGGCGGCUGCUCCCAUGUGUGCAUGGAUAGACCAAUCGGCUUCGAGUGCCAAUGUCCCACCGGCUACCAGCUGCUGGACAAGAAGACAUGUGGAGACAUCAAUGAGUGUGAGAACCCGGACGCCUGUAGCCAGAUAUGCAUCAACUACAAGGGAGAUUUUAAGUGUGAGUGCUAUGAAGGAUAUGAGAUGGACCUGGUCACUAAGACCUGCAAGGCUGAAGGGAAAAGCCCGUAUUUACUCUUCACUAACCGGCAUGAGAUCCGGCGCAUGGACUUGGUGAAGAGGGACUACAGCCAGGUUGUAUCUACACAGAAGAAUGCUGUGGCUUUAGACCUGGAUGUGGCCAACAACCGUGUCUUCUGGUGUGACCGAUUCCACAGGAAAAUCUACAGCGCCUUCAUCCACGAGGCCAGCGACCCCUCCCAGCAGGUGCCACUGGUGGAUUCAACCCUGCAGACUCCGGUGGGCCUGGCUCUGGACUGGCUCCAACACAACCUGUACUGGACCGACUCAGGAGACAAAUCCAUCUCUGUGACCUCAGUGGAUGGCACCAAGAGGCGCGUUCUCAUCAGUUCUGACCUGAGCGAGCCCCGGGCCAUAGCUCUGGAUCCCCACCAUGGAUUCAUGUACUGGUCGGACUGGGGCACACGAGCCAAGAUAGAGAAAGCUGGGAUGAAUGGAGUGGAUCGACAGGUUCUGGUGUCUGAAAAUAUUGAAUGGCCUAAUGGCAUUACUCUGGACGUAGCCAACAGGCGCCUCUACUGGGUGGACUCCAAACUGCAUCUCAUAGCCAGUGUGGACCUGAACGGAGCUCACCGCAGAACGCACCUGUCGUCUGCAGAGCGGCUGGGACACCCCUACGCUUUGGCUGUAUUUGAGGAUCGGAUCUACUGGACCGACAGAGACAAGGCAGCAGUUUUUAUGGCCAACAGGUUAACUGGUCAGGACAUCCAAGCUCUGGCUGAAAACCUGAAUGACCCCCAUGACAUAGUGGUCUUCCACCAGCUCCGUCAGCCCCCAGGCCCUGACAGCUGUAAUCUGGGGAGUGUAGCCAAUGGGGGUUGCGAGUAUUUAUGCCUUAAAGCACCACAAAUCACCGAACACUCUCCCAAAUACACCUGUGCCUGCCCAGACGGACAGGAUCUGGGUCCUGACAUGCGGGGCUGUGUACCAGCAGCACCAAGAGACGACAUGACAGCGAGGUCACCACCUUCCCAAGGAUUUACUCCCAACACCAGAGAAACUGCUGCCAAGGGCGUCGUUCCGUCCUCAGGGGGACUCUCGCAGGCGGACGAUGUCCCCUAUCUGACCACCGCUUCGUCGUCUUCUCCUGAGAUUCUCACCCCGCGCAGCACCUUGGAGCCUCUGACGUCACAGAAGUCCGAAUCAACGGGCUCCCACUCCACGGCCACAGCUAUGGUUAUCUCAACCACGUCUGCAGUGGACAGCAGCGUCUCCCAACACUCUGGGGAGAAUUUUGUCCUUGGUGAGAACCUGACGGUGGCCGUCCUUGGAGUGGUCAUCCCUAUUGUUCCUAUCGUUGCCACAGUGGUGUUCGGCCUGGUCUGCGCCGGCGUCUACCUGGUGUGGCGGAACUGGAGGCGCAACUCCACCAAGAGCAUGAACUUUGACAACCCGGUGUACCGCAAAACCACCGGCGAGGGCGAGGAGGACGAGAUCCACAUCGGACGGACGGACGCCAUGGGACACCACGUGCACCACCACGCGUAUCCUCAGGGGGUGAGCAUGGGGGUCGUCGGAGCCGGAGGAGGCACAUGCCCGCAGUUCAUCGCCCUGCCUCUAGGGGGCAGCAUGCCGGAUGCAGGAACUCACUGGUACACGGAGCAGCCUAUGCUCUCUACUGCAAAGUGAAGCAAAACACCGACUGCUGGUGCUGAUGGACGCUCAGGCACACGCGCACACACACGGUGAAGUCAGAACGAGCUUGGAUCGAGUUUACCGAAGGGAUGAACGGCCUAUCAACGCUUCAUUCAGCCAUGCAGCCAUCCCCUCUGUCAAAUUUAAUAUAAAACCUGCAAUUCAUCAUUUUACAAAUGAAAGUCAUGAUUGUGAGUAGAUGCUGGGAAUAAAUUACAAAUAAUUGGUGUGUGUUAAUGUGCUCCUUAAGCUGGAGAAGUCCAGCGCUGGUUUUUACUGAACGCUGAAGAGAUGCUUGUUUUUGAUUUCACAAAGAGGUUUGGCUGAGCUCCAGUUUUGUCCUUCACUUGUUAAUUUGACUCUUUGUUUUAUUCCUGGUUGGCAGUGGAGCUCUGGGACAGCUGCUAAAGAAAGAGGAGCUCCUAAACUGGGGCGGCCAUGUGUUGGUGAGACAAUCCAUGUAGAUUGGUGUUCCCAAUCCCAAAUGGUUUUACUGGAGAAGUCUUGUGUUGUGAACAUGUUUGUGAAUUAAUUGGGGUGAAGUCGCCAUGUAGUUAAACACUGUUGGUUUUGGUCAUUUAUUUAAUUUAGUAAAGAGCUACAGAUUCAGAGAGUGGGAUGGAAAAAGGGAGUCUUCUAUAAAGCUUUCUGACUUGUGGCUUUUUUAGAUGUUUUAUGGUCUGAGAAGAGCAAUAGGCUGCAGAUAUCAGCCCGCUGAUUGAUGGAAACCUUUGAGUGUUGAUUUGUCGACCUGCUUUUUGACUGUGACACAUGCACACACGCAGCUCCACCCACCAUGCAGCGCUGUGCGAUCCCCACUGUUCUCCAGAGGACAGGGACGAGAUGCAGUGGCUCCUCUGCAAACACAAGCAGCAUGCAUAACUGCUCACCAGCUGACAACAGCAGACAUUCGUUGUUCCAUACUCACACGCAUGCUGCACGGUUGAAUCAGCGGCCGGCUUUUCUCCCGUGGUUAUUUGAGCGGACGGCUUGUCAUAGCACCGUGCAGAAGGACCCAGCUGGUGCCGGACCGGUCAUGCAAUGUAAACAGUAGGAAAAAAUGCCCGACUUUUGAUGCAGAGCGGUUGGAAGCGACCAAUCUUUGGGGCGAUCACGUUCCCCGCUGGUUUAGCCUCAUCACCGACAGAGUUGCGAACCUUAAAAUUCCCAGUGUGUGCUCGUAAAAAUGCAUGUGUGCCAAUAUCUCCAUCGCACAGCCAUAUUUGAAACUGUUUUUUGGAUGCUAUGUGUUGCACAAUCCUCUUAGAAUGCCUUCUGUACUGUUUUAGUCAUGGAAGAAGAAGUUUGUCUGUGUGAGUUUGUUGACCUCUGUGUGUGAAAGCGAGUGUGUGACAGCAGAAAAGCUUGGAGGGUGCUUUUUGAUUCAUCGGGUUUGUAAAUAUGUUUUCAUAGCGUUUUUUGAUCAUGUAUAAUUCUGUAAAAGAAGAGCUGUAAAUAAGAUUUUAGAUAAAGUGUUGACACCUAUAUUAAUUUAUUUGUAUGAAGAAAGCACUGUUUUCUCCUGAUUGUUUCAGAUCAGAGUUAUCCACCAAAGUGGUUUGUUUUAGUUUGUGUUGUUUCUUGCUGUGCAUCCUUUAGCAUCCUUUUUUUGUGAAAACUUUCUUUGUUUUGUUUUUUUCUUUUGGCCUUCGCAUAAGAUUCAGAUGCUCCUACAACCACCCACUCAACAAGAAACAAACUCUACAUUUUCAAAUCUUUAUUUCACUUAGAAGAUUGGUUAUUAUUUAUGUGUGCCUUUUUUGUUUACACUUCAUUAAUCUUGUAUUUCUUGUUUUUUUUAUAUAAAAAGAAAAUGUAUCAACCAGCUGCUGCACAACUAACAAUGAACUGUAUUAACAACAAACUGGUUCCAUGUUUUGAUUUUCCAUAAUUGACUAGUUUUGAAUAUUUCUCUUUAUUGUUAUAUAAAAUCUGAUA